AAGGCAAAUGCCAUCGAAACUCUUUCAUUUGUAAAUACUUGUGAAACACUUCAGAUUCUAGAGUUUGGUCGUUGUUUUUCUUCUGCAAAUCCAAGAAUGGGUUCAGCCAUAGAUGAAGGUGACUUAGAGAAAGGGCUCAUGACUCCAUUAAAGCAGAAUCAAAAUUCCAACCCUAUAGGCGAGCCAUCACCGUCACUGUCCCCAUCUUCCAUGUCUACUCCAGCAUUGGUACUUACAAAUUCCGGGAAGCGGAUUGAUCAGGUUGGGAAGAAGAAGUACGUGAAGCAAGUGACAGGCAGGCAUAAUGACACUGAGCUGCACCUAGCGGCCCAACGAGGUGAUCUGGUGGCUGUGAAGCAAAUCCUGGACGACAUUAAUUCCCAAAUGGUGGGAACGUUAAGUGGAGCUGAUUUUGAUGCAGAGGUUGCCGAGAUCCGGGCAUCAGUGGUGAAUGAGGUGAAUGAGUUGGGCGAGACAGCAUUAUAUACAGCUGCUGAGAGGGGGCAUCUUGAGGUUGUGAAAGAGCUUUUGAAGUACUCCGAUAAGGAAACAAUUACCAGAAGAAGCCGGUUGGAGUUUGAUCCUUUGCAUAUAGCUGCUAGUCAAGGACACCAUGCCAUAGUCCAACUGCUACUUGACCAUGAUGUAUCACUAUGCCAGACCAGAUCACAAGGAAACGCAACCCCUCUCAUUACUGCAGCUUCGAAAGGACACACAGCUGUUGUUCACGAGCUGCUGUUAAAGGAUCCUAGCUUGUUAGAUAUUUCCAGGUCCAAUGGUAAAAACGCAUUGCAUCUAGCAGCAAGAUCAGGGCAUGUUGAGACUUUGAAGGCUUUGCUUGACAAAGAUCCACAACUGGCCAAAAAGACGGAUAAAAAGGGGCAAACUGCACUGCAUAUGGCUGUAAAAGGGAUUAGCACCGAAGUUGUUAAAUUGCUGCUGGAGGCUUAUGCAGCUAUAGUAAUGCUGCCAGACAAGUCCGGUUUUACUGCAUUGCAUGUAGCUACCAGAAAAAAGAGAGCAGAGAUUGUAAACGAGCUGCUUAGUCUCCCUGAUACAAAUGUUAAUGCACUAACCAGAGAUCACAAAACUGCUCUUGACAUAGCCGAAGGCCUUCCCUUAUCUGAAGAAUCCGCAGAUAUAAGGGCCUGCCUCGUUCGCCGUGGUGCAGUCCGAGCAAAUGAACUGAACCAACCAAGAGACGAGUUAAUCCGAAACACCGUGACUCAGAUAAAAAAUGAUGUCCACAUCCAGCUCUUGCAGACCAAAAGGACAAACAAAAACGUCCAUGGAAUCGCUAAAGAGCUUAGAAAACUCCACCGUGAAGGGAUCAACAACGCCACCAAUUCAGUAACCGUGGUGGCCGUGCUCUUCGCAACUGUCGCUUUUGCCGCCAUAUUCACUGUUCCAGGUGGCGACAACGAUGACGGCAUGGCAGUGGUGGUCAGCCGGACUUCUUUCAAAAUCUUCUUCAUUUUCAACGCGAUUGCUCUUUUUACGUCGUUAGCCGUGGUGGUGGUUCAGAUCACAUUAGUUAGAGGCGAAACGAAAGCGGAAAGAAAGGUGGUGGAGGUGAUCAAUAAGCUAAUGUGGUUAGCUUCUGUGUGCACUUCGGUGGCGUUUAUGGCAUCGUCUUAUAUAGUGGUUGGUCGGAAGUACGAAUGGGCUGCGAUUUUGAUUACGGUGGUUGGAGGGGUUAUAAUGGUGGGGGUGCUGGGAACGAUGACGUAUUAUGUGGUUAAGUCGAAGAAAACUCGAUCAAUGAGAAGGAGGAAGAAGAUCGCAACGAGUGGUACAAACUCGUGGAUGGCGUCCGAGUUUUCGAACUCGGAAGUGGAAAGAAUCUAUGCUAUUUGAGGUACAACAUUUAACGUUGUUUAUAGUUAGAUUUAGGAGUUACGUUGAAAGCAAUUCAAGUACAUUUUGGUGCAUUUGUUUUUGGACUAAAAGCUCACUUGGUAUUUAAUUCUUUUAAUUCGUGA